AUGAACAGCAGGUGUCAAGUUGAUUUAAUUGACAUGCAGAGCAGUCCAGUUGGUGAAUUUAAAUUAAUUUUAGUUUACCAGGAUUAUUUAACUAAAUUUGUUCUAAUUCGCCCUCUACGUACAAAAACGGCAGUGGAGGUGUCAAACGUGCUUCUUGACAUAUUUUGCCUAUUUGGCGCACCAUCAAUUCUACAAUCUGAUAAUGGGCGCGAGUUUGCGAACAGCGUUAUGGCAGAAUUAUGCAGUAAGUGGUCAGGCUUGAAGAUGGUACACGGCAAACCUCGACAUAGCCAAUCUCAAGGCAGUGUUGGACGUGCCAACCAAGAUAUUCAAAACAUCUUGAUGACGUGGAUGAGUGAUGAAAAAUCCUCAAAAUGGUCGGAGGGUCUUAAAUUUGUACAAUUAAAGAAAAAUUCCGCCUAUCACGACGGUAUCAAGAGAACAGCCUACAAAGCGACGUUUGGAAGUGAAAUAAAAGUGGGUUUAAAGUCAUCGUAUUUGCCUCAUGAAGUAACAAACCAUCUAACAACGGAAGAAGACCUACAAGAAGUGAUAGAUAACUUUAAGGAAAAUGACUUGAACGAUGAACAACAGAGCUCCGAACUUCAUACCUCAGAAAAUAUCUGCAUGCAUUUUAAUUGA